AUGACGUUAUUAUCGAUUUGCCGGGGGUUUUCGUGAAGUUGAGUUAACGGUUUGUUUACACGAGAAACUCUCCUUCUCUCUCGUUCGCAUUGAGGUGAAUGCGCGCAUGCGCCUCCAAGACCAAAACAAUAAUAACAGAGCGGCCGAGGAGGAGAGGAAGGUUCAUGGCUGGCAGACAGGCAGCCUCAAUAUUCCCGUUCCCGUCGUCUUCUGACCCGAGUCAGUCGAGUCGUCUCACUCUCUCUGUGUGUUUGUAAAACGAAAAAAAGACUGUUUAUUUCCCCUUCCCCUUGACUUCUGACUUUUUGCAGAAAUAUUUUUCAAAAUUCAGAAAAAGUAGAAGUGUGACCUCGCCGGGAAGUGAAAAAAAAAAAAAAAUUCGCGUGUUGUGUAAAUUCACAAAAAAACAGGAAUAGAAAGUGUCCUCGACCUCUUGUGGUCUUUACGAGUAUGCGCGAGUAACAUACAGCCAGGUGGAAAACAAUAACAAACGCGAAAAACUACGUCAACAAUGUCCGAUGAGUUGUAGUAGCACCAUCUCUCUUACUCUCUGUUCAUUCAUUCCCGGACACGACAGCAGUCAGUGUGUACAGAUGCGAAAUUCCGCUUUAAGGAGUCACGCGUAACAUUGUGAAUCACGCGCUUAUAUAUACAAAAUAAUAGAAGGAGAAAAAAAAAGUGCCUGGAUAUUUUUUGUUGUUUGUGCCUUCUGAGAGAAAGGGACACACGAACAGCCAUUUGCUGGUAUAAACAUCAACAAAAGAAGAGAGUCUGGAGCGUGUUAUUGGUGUGGCCAAAAUGCCGAGUGCCGAGGAGCCAACAUACCUUAUUGAGGUGAUACCAGACACAACACAAGAUUUUUUAUCACAAGAUGUUGAUCUUCUUGUCUCGCAAAUAAAGGAGAAUUUACGAAUAUCAAAUUUAAAGGCAAAAUCAAGUCACGCUCAUAAAAAUCGUCCAUCACCAUAUCGGAUACCAUCGCGUUCAUGGGCCGAUCCAGCGAGUAAUUGUGAAAUUUGUGGUAUGAGAAAUUCAACGCAACAUGAACAGCAUCGUCAUCAUAAUCAACAGCAGCAACAACAGCAUAAUAGUCGGAAACGUUCAACGACAAGGGACGAUGAUGAUCCUUAUGAAUUGUUGCAAGAAUUAUUGCGACGUGGUGGCCUCAUUAAGGAGGCGGUUAAACGACUUCAGUUUGACGAAUACGAUAAUUCGACAAAUGGCUCUGAGGAUGAAGUUGAGGAUUGUGUGGGACAGCCGAGGCCAUUUAUUUAUGAACGAAAAAGUUUUUAUUAUGAAUCCGAUGAUGAGCCAUUGCCGCCCAAUUAUCAGCCAUUGGAUCUGUGAAAAUAAUGACUAUUUUUCAUUAAUUUUAGCCCCUUCUUUUUUUCUUUCUUCUAUAAAAAAGAAAAAUGUGCGGUAAUAAAGGACGAAAAAAAAAGCCAAGCCUUACAUGGCGGUGUUUGUAAAUAUUACGGUGAGAGUGUGUUGUGUUGAUAUUUGAAGCGGAUCGAGAAAAUAUGGUCGGCUUCGUGUAACAUCGGACA